AUGAAGUCUGAAUUCAAAGAGGUUCACUCGUUCGAAAAGAGAAAGGAAGAGUCGAUCAGAAUCCUAUCGAAGUUCCACGACAGAAUCCCUGUCAUCUGCGAACGGGUUGAGGAUAGCGACAUACCAAACAUCGACAAGAGAAAGUACCUCGUUCCGUCCGACCUCACAGUCGGGCAGUUUGUCUACGUGAUCCGGAGAAGAAUACACUUGCCGUCCGAGAAGGCAAUCUUCAUCUUCGUGAAGGACAUUCUCCCUCCGACCGCGGCCUUGAUGAGCACCAUCUACGAACAAUACAAAGACGAGGAUGGGUUCCUCUACGUUGUGUACAGCGGAGAGAACACGUUUGGCGACCGU